AUGGUUAUACUUUUUUACUCCACAAAAUUGACUUACAUGAACAUUAUUUUGACUACGCACCCACAGGAACAACAGACACCGCUGCACAUUGCGAUCAGAACACAUAACCUGGCCGCCAUCAACUUCCUUCUGUCGGUGGGGGCGGACGCCAACCUGGCGAGCAGAGACAAUUAUACGCCGCUCCAUAUAUCUUCGAAAGAGGGUCCCCCAGAAGUGGUUCAGGUCCUGUUGGAGAAUGGAGCAGAUGUCACGGCCAGAACCAAGAGAGGUUUCACCCCCUUGCAUAUUGCCGCCAAGCACAAUCGAAUUCAGGUGGCUCAAAUGCUCCUGGAGAAGGAUACAGCAGAUGUCAAUGCAGCCGCACGAAAUGGCCAUACUCCUCUACACAUGAGUGUGCAGUGCAAGCAUAAAGAGGUUGGUACAAAUAACUUUGAAAAACACUUUUUUAUUGCUUCAACGUUUAGUCCCGAUUGUUGGGUUGCUUAA